UUUUUACUUGGAUUAGGGUCAUUUGGGGGUCCGACUUAUCGACCAUACGGAAAUCCUCUUAAGAAAUUUUCAUGUUUCCUUCCAUCACAUUUCAUUUGUCGUGUCCAUAAGUCGGACAGCUGAACGUGUGACCUUAAUUCUUCAAAUGAUUUCCCUUUCAGGAGAUUCAAUUUAGGGUCAGACUUAUCGAUCCUCCGGACAUUGUCUGAAGGACUUAGAAUAAUUAUACAUAUUCUACCCUUCCCUGGGAGUCCGACUUAUCGACUCACCGGCUGGAUGGUUUGAUACUUAAACAAAUUGAUGAUGUUGCUCUUUAAUUGAGGGUCCGACUUUUCGACCUCCCAGCUAAAUUCAAGGAUUUAACACUUAGAAAAAAUUUGCAAAAUCACCCCUUCAACUAGGGUCCGACUAAUAGACCUCACGGACAUUAUUAAACACUUAAGAAGAAAUCUGUUGGCUUCCUCUCAUUGGGAGUCCGACUUAUCGACUUCCCAGCUUUCAUUUGGAAUUUCAACUUUUCUUUCAACUGUUCAAACCCAAAGUGAAGCAUUUAUUGCUGUUAUAAAAUAGGGUAGUUGGAAUAGUUCCAUCUUACCUAAUCUUCAUUAACUCUUUUCAAAUCUUCAAAUUGCAAGAGAGAAAGUUGAGAGAGACGCUCGGACAAUCCUCAUCCCUCCUUCAAACUUCUGACAAAUCCUUCGAAGAUCUUCAAGGUUUCUGACAGAUCUUCACCAAAUUUCUGACGAAUCUUCACAUCUCUGUAAGGUAUUCAAACUUUUCCCAGAUUUUUCGAAUUUCUUCAAGUUAUUCUUCAAACUGUUCUCGAAUUUCUUGAAUAUCUUCAAUCUGUUCAUGAAUGCUAGCCUAGAACUUUGAAUUUGUUUAUGAAUCUAGUCUCCAUUCUUUACAAGUUUCGGCUUUUACUUUAUUAUUAUCAUGGAUGUCGCGACUACUAACUCAGACACCAACCCUACUAACUUGCCGGAAACUCCUUUGAUAGUACGUAGGCGUCUUAAUAAAAAGGGUUUACCAAUGGAUGACUCGGAUGAAAGUAGUUCAGUGAGAAUUACCCCCCAUUAUGAACCAAUAAAAGCUGGGGAUGAGUCGUCCGUAUCUCCUAUAUACCCUCCGGAGAUUAUGAAAACUGCUCCUUGGGAAGUGAGCAUUGCUUUCUUUCCAAAUUACUUGCCGCGAAUAAAUCCUGACCUAGAAGGGUUAUUGUAUGUAGAUAUGGAAAACCUUGAAGGAUCAGCCGAGUCUUCAGGAAGAGAGAGUGCGGCGCCAGCUCCUCCUCCAUUCUACAUUCCAGACGGCGGGCCUCUAAAUUACUUUAUUGACGUACAGACUAAGAGAGAUCUAGACAACCGUCGGGAGGCCAUCUCUCAAAAAUGGGGUUUAAAAGAUAACAUAAAUAUUAUUACCCCGGGGAAUUAUGACACCGUUAGGUUUCCCCCUCCACAUUGUAUAGCCGUAUACUUCCCUUCUUUUGAAUUAGGGCUUAGAUUUCCUCUUCACCCGUUUUUUAGAGAGGUGUUAGAGUUUUUGGACGUCUCAGUGCCCGAGUUAUACCCGAACGCCUGGGGUUGUAUGGUGGCCUUUUUGAUCUUGUGUAAAGUUUUGGCCGUGCCACCAACACUCACAGCUUUUAGAUAUAUAUUCAGAGCCCGCCUAUGUAAUUCCCAAUCAUACGGCUGUGGCUGGAUUACUUUCACCCACCGUCGAGGACUGAAGAUAGUCCAAGACCUCCCCGAUAACCAGAAGGGGUAUAGGACAAAAUUCGCAUACUUAUACAACUCAGAGGGAUGGAAUAUCAAGACCUCUUUUGAUAUAAAGCCCAAUCUCUCGGGUUUUAAUAAUGGGAUCCCGCAAUGUUCCUUUAACGAUGCGGUGAUCAUAGAAUAUGCAAAGAUGGACGUUCAAUUGGGAAGGAAACCAAUGAACGUCCAACUUAAUUGGAUACCUGGUCGUCCUGAGCUGGAGAAUGAGAACCUCCUCUCAGCCUUCGGCAUUAGCUUGGCUAUCGAUCGGAGGAUAGCCAAGCAAAAUCUUCGAGCCAAGAGUCCUGAACUAAUGAAGAAAUUCAGUGUUCUGAGACUUGCUUCAGGGGCCAUCCAGCGGGCCGAGGAUAAGCCUCUUCCCCUUCCUCCAAAGGACUCGGCAACCGUGGAGAAGGGUCUGGAGGACGUGCCUUCGGAGCAAGAGGCUCUCCGACUUCUUGAAGAAAGAAAGCAGGUUCAUAUCCCCGAUGAAUCUGAGAGGGUGGUUCCUCCUCAGACGAGGGGUGCGACAAAAAAGAGUGGGAAGAAGAAGAGGAAGCGGGAUUCUUCUUCCCACAAGGAGAAGUCGGCAAAGAGGCCCUCCGUGGGCGCGGUCCCUACCGCCCGGCCCCUCCAAAUAAGGCCAGUUGAAGAGGAGACCUCGCCCCUUCAAGACUCUCCACGGCCAUCUUCAGAUAAAGGGAAGGAGAAAAUGGGGGAAUCUUCCGCGGCUCCCUCCUCUCAGUAUGCCGAGGUUUACCGUCGUCGGGAGGUUUCCCCUUUUCGACGCGACACACCCUUUCCGGAGCUGGGGCAUAAGGGCUUAGUAGUCCGCUUUAACAGGGCGACGUCCAACUUAAUCAGCAAAGUGGACGUCGACCUUUUAGAAUCUAUGCCCCCCCGUGAUAGGGUGCGUCAAGCACAAGCUUCGGCGGCGGAGGUAAUAACUUUUAAACUCAGUAAUAUGAUUAUUUUUUGCUUCCGGAUUUCUUUAAUAAUCGUUCCUUUGCAGGCGUUCAUACGGUUGGCCUUUGAGCUCGACGCCAACCGUCAAAGUGCCGCGGACCAGGAAACCAUGGCCGCCCUUACCUCCCGCUGCGAAGAGCUGAACGAAGAAUUAACAAAACUGCGGGAGGACCUGCCGAGCCUCAAAGAAAAACUGGCCAAGUGCUCUGAGCUGAAAGAACGCUUGGUCAGAACCGAACAAUGGCGGGAAAGGGCGAGGAAGCAGCUGGAUCAGAUCGUCGAGAACUUGGAUGCUGCUUCCACCAGGUCCGCGAGCAUCAGCCAUGAGGUCGGCUUGCUGAUGGAUACUCAUGCCAAGCUCGUUCAUCAGAACCAGCAACUAAUGCAGCAAGUGUCGGCCGAUUCUUCCCACUUCAAAAUGAUUCUAUCCGCGGCUAAAGUAUACAAAUUGUGCCUAACCAGGAAGGCCCGGAUAGCUCGAGAUUGGCUUCUCUCGGAUGAGCCGGAAGCGUCGAAGUUUCUCGGAGAUCUGACGGCCGAGAUGGUGAAGGCCGGAACCAUGAUUAGUGACGAGAAGUAUCGUCUGGCUGCCGCAGAGUUGGGCAUGGAUUUUACUUCCCUUCAGCAAACUGCUGAACAAAAGGGGAGUGAAGCUUUGUCCAACCUUGCUCCUGUCUUGGACGGGGAGUCGGCGGUACUGGUCGACACGGUCUGGGACGCGACCGAAAAGAGGGCCUGGUCUGAAAAGAUAAAUGCCGAGGCUGAGAGGGAGGCUUUAAGUCUCGACUUGGAGCAGCUGGCUCUCUCUUCUCCUCCGGCGUCAGAUGUCCCAGAGAACUUGACGCUCUCCAACCUGGAGGUUCUAUGCCUUGAUCUAUCGAAUCUCAUUAUUGACGAAGGCCGGAACCUCCAGAGCUUGUCCCGGGAGUUGUCUGAGAUCGGGGUGGAGCCGUUCAAUGUUGAAGAUUAUGUCAGCUUCACCCCGAGUUUUGAAGAGGGAAGGAUCGAAUCUCCUCCGCCGCCGGGUGAAGAUGUCGAGGCCUUUUUUGACGAUGUAUAAUCUUGUAUUUUAGUAACCUUGUUUUUUGUAAACAUUCAACUAUAUUUUGAAUAUUCGAUGUAUAUAUUCCUGAUUUUUCGUGAUAUCCAUGCUUCUAUUUGUUGAGCCGUGGCUUCUUUCUUCUGAGGCCGCGGAAUACUACUUAAAGGACGUGAUUUUUCGAUGUCACGUAUAGGCGACAUCAAGGAAAUUUGGACUUAGAAUAUUUUCAGCCUUCAGACCCCAGUAGGGGGGUCCGACUUGUCGAUGUCCCGGUCGCGGGUAAUCUUUUUGGGAGACUUGGAUUUUCUUUUGAACUCAGGGACCCCAAACUGGGGGUCCGACUUAUCGACGUCCCGGUUGGGAAACAUCUUUUGGAAUAUUUUGAACUAGGGGACCCCAAACUGGGGGUCCGACUUAUCGAUGUUCCGGUUAGGAAACAUCAUUGUAAAGACUUAGAAUGUUUUGAACUAGGGGACCCCAAACUGGGGGUCCGACUUAUCGAUGUCCCGGUUGGGAAACAUCAUUGUAAAAACUUAGAAUAUUUUGAACUAGGGGACCCCAAACUGGGGGUCCGACUUAUCGAUGUCCCGGUUGGGAAACAUCAUUGUAAAAACUUAGAAUAUUUUGAACUAGGGGACCCCAAACUGGGGGUCCGACUUAUCGAUGUCCCGGUUGGGAAACAUCAUUGUAAAAACUUAGAAUAUUUUGAAUUAGGGGACCCCAAACUGGGGGUCCGACUUAUCGAUGUCCCGGUUGGGAAACAUCGUUGUAAAAACUUAGAAUGUUUUGAACUAGGGGGACCCCAAACUGAGGGUCCGACUUGUCGAAGUCAUAGGUUCGUUAGUGACUUAGAAUAACUUGAUAAUGGGACCUCUCUCAAGGGGUCCGACUUUUGGAUAUUACUGAUUUAAUAAGAUUUGCAAUAGAUUUUUACCAAAUAUUUGCGAACAUAGGUGCCAGAUAAUCUGAAAUUGAAACUUCUGUUAUAAAGGAUUGAUAAGAAUACAAAAGUGAAUUCGAAUGACAACGCAACUACGUUGCGGGAUGAGUGUAGUCGCGGAUUGAUGCUGCUAACACUGAUACUAGUAACUGAUUGGCCCUUGCAAAUUUUAUUAA